CGGACACCGGAAGUGGAUUUAGUAGGCGCCUGCGAUGGCUGAACCUAAGCUAGUUGUAGUGGAAUCUCUCCCUGGUUGCAGGGCGCGGGCGGCGCGUACUGUGUUAGGUCAGGUGGUGCUCCCGGGUGAGGAGUUGCUGCUGCCUGAACAAGAGGAAACAGACGGCCCUGGCGUUGCAGGGGAGCGACCCUUACGCCUGAAUGCCGCGGUGUGCUCGCGAUUGCGCGUAGUGUGCGGCCCCGGCUUGCGGCGCUGCGGAGACCGUCUUUUGGUGACCAAGUGUGGCCGCCUUCGUCACAAGGAGUCUGGCAGCGGCAGUAGUGGUGGCAUUUACUGGGUGGACUCGCAACAGAAGCGGUAUGUACCAGUGAAAGGAGACCAUGUGAUUGGCAUAGUAACAGCCAAAUCUGGAGAUAUAUUCAAAGUUGAUGUUGGAGGGAGUGAGCCAGCCUCUUUGUCUUACUUGGCAUUUGAAGGCGCAACUAAAAGAAACAGACCAAAUGUACAGGUUGGAGAUCUUAUCUAUGGCCAGUUUGUGGUUGCUAAUAAAGAUAUGGAACCAGAGAUGGUCUGUAUUGACAGCUGCGGAAGAGCCAAUGGAAUGGGCGUAAUUGGUCAGGAUGGCCUUCUCUUUAAAGUGACUUUAGGCUUGAUUAGAAAGCUAUUGGCACCAGAUUGUGAAAUCAUACAGGAAGUGGGAAAACUCUAUCCACUAGAGAUUGUAUUUGGAAUGAAUGGAAGAAUAUGGGUUAAGGCAAAAACCAUUCAGCAGACUUUAAUUUUGGCAAACAUUUUAGAAGCUUGUGAACACAUGACAACGGACCAAAGAAAGCAAAUCUUUGCCAGACUGGCAGAAUGUUGAUAAAUGUGGACUUCAUUAAUGGGUCAGAUGAACCAAGAGACUGGGAUUUCUAGGGAAACUUUUUUCAGGUGAACCUCUCCUAUUAAAUCACCAGCAGGCAAGAUGUGAAUAUAUGUAUUGUCUAAUUAAAGUCCUAAGUAAAGUAUUUUUAUAAGGAAAUAACUGGUUUUCACUCAUGUUCUUG